UUGCUACCCCCCGAAAUUAGACCAAGUGCUGGAAGUCAUGGUCAUAGGGCAGAGGGCUGAGAUAAAACCAGAAGGACAUUUCAGCUUUUAAUUUGCAUUGAAAAUUUUAUAUGAUCUUCUAUCUGCUUUUUCAUUUCACUGAAACCUCUUCAGGGAGGGCGUGAAAUUGAUGCUCAAUAUUGCCAACAUAAGUCUUGAACGUUGAAAAAUACCUGAAAACUUGUGACACAUUCGUGAGCAAAAUUAUAUCACGUUUACAACAGCUGAAAAAGCAGAUUUUAGAUUUAUAAUCAUUCAACAGCAACCCCAAAACCAAACAUUUAAUACUCAUUAAAUUGGCUAAUUUAGGUUAAGAGUAGGUCCUACGAAAACUACCCUAUUUCUCCAUGCAAGUGGCAUCGGUACUUAAUCCUGGCGCUCUUCUUUAUUCUUAGGUUACGUCGGUGCUUCGGGCUCUAGAGCUGGAUCCCCUUAUUAGUUUCCCAUGCUCCCUUCUUUUUUCCGAAAUUGGAAAGGAAAAAGAAAGCCUACCGUUGAAGCCAUAGCCAUGAAGGCUGUGAUUCCAUGGACCACGACCUGGAUCGUGAUCUCGUGGUACAGUUCAAACAUUGGGGUUCUUCUUCUUAACAAGUACUUGCUCAGCAACUAUGGCUUCAAGUACCCAAUUUUUUUGACCAUGUGCCACAUGCUUGCUUGCUCUUUGCUAAGCUACUUAGCCAUAGCAUGGCUCAAGGUGGUUCCCAUGCAAAGUAUUGGUUCCACGAAACAGUUUGUGAAGAUCACAGUGUUGUGCUUGUUUUUCUGCUUCUCUGUGGUUCUUGGAAACGUGUCAUUACGGUAUCUUCCAGUGUCCUUUAACCAAGCCAUUGGUGCCACGACGCCAUUUUUUACAGCAGUUUUCGCAUAUAUUAUGAGCAAGAAGAGGGAGAGUUGGGUUACAUACGUGACCUUGAUGCCUGUUGUUGCAGGAGUCAUCAUUGCUAGUAGGGCUGAACCAAGUUUCCACCUUUUCGGGUUUCUAAUGUGUGUUUCAGCUACAGCUGCAAGGGCGUUUAAAUCAGUACUUCAGGCAAUUUUGCUGUCAUCAGAAGAGGAAAAACUCAACUCAAUGAAUUUGCUAAUGUACAUGGCACCAAUAGCAGUAGCGAUCUUGCUUCCUGCCACUUUGUUGAUGGAGAGAAAUGUGAUUGCGAUGGCUGUAGUUCUUGCAAGAGAAGAUAUGAAAAUAGUGUACUACCUGCUUUUCAAUUCUUCUCUUGCAUAUUUUGUGAACUUGACCAACUUUUUGGUCACUAAACACACAAGUGCGCUGACUCUCCAGGUUCUGGGAAAUGCAAAAGGUGCUGUUGCUGUGGUGGUCUCAAUUUUGAUAUUCAGGAAUCCUGUUUCAUUAGUUGGGAUGCUGGGUUACUCGCUAACGGUUCUUGGAGUUAUUCUGUACAGUGAAUCCAAAAAGGGAAACAAAUGACAUCUUGUGUAGUUUAAUUCACAAAAGGGAGAACAUCAUAGAAACGGUGAUCAACUAUCGUUUAAGUGCAGCUGCCUGUUGCUAAUUAUGCCUCAAAUUCUGCCAUCAUUUGUUUCUUAGGAACUGAAGAGAAGAAUGAGCUGUUUUGAGCAGCAGUUCCACUUUUCCGGAGCCAAAAAAUUGUAAUAUGGGUCGACAUCGAGUUACAUUCUAAGAAAUUAAUUGCUAUUGAAUUUUCAUUUCCUGGUACAGUUGCAGCUCGCUUAAUAAGUCUUUUCUAUUUGUUAAAUCAUUUUUCGGCUUUAAGUGUAUCAUCAUUACUUCAAUGGUGCAUCUUUAUUUCUUGAUCAUAUCAACCAAAACUGUUCGAACACAAUUAAUGUUGUAUGAGUUGAGCUGUAUCUAUAUAUCCUCAGACCACAGGUAUAAAUCAUAGAAAUGUUCUUCAUAUUUUUAUGAUCUGAACAGACGGAGGUCUUUGAAUUGAUGAAAGUGCUAGAUUAAUUGAAGCAACAGUUUAGGACUUCAGGUAAGGUUUUGCUCUGUCAUGCUUGUGUCAAAAGGUUUGGUCAAUGUUGCUGUUGAUGACUUGAUAAGAUCUGCGAUGGCCGGUUAUCAGAUUUCCUUCAAAUUUUGUUAAAACAAUAGAGAAAAUGAACAGUUGAAUUUUUUAGAUGAUUGUUUGCACCUUUUUCUCCCACUUUGAGAAAAGAUCUGUGUCGGUAACAUGUCGUUUACUGAGAAAGAAAUUACAAGUAAAUCACUUGAGAGCCUUGACAAGA